CGACGCAGGUUUUUCGAGUUAUUCCAUCCGACUAGGUCGCCGAGUUCCGAUGGCGGGGGCCGCCCGCGCGCGCGCCAUGGGGAAGAUGCAGAAGGCCGUCGCCGUCGCCGCCGUCGACGACCUCUGGUGGAACCGGCACGGGUUCCCGCAGGGGUACCACUUCGUGCCGGACGACCCCGAGCUCCUCCGCCUGCUCGAGGACAAGAUCGCCGGCCGCGCUCUCCCCCACCCUCUCCCCACCAUCUUCCACGACGUCAGGCUCCGCGACUACCACCCCGCCGAGCUCUACGAGGAGUACAGGGCGUGGCAGGAGGCCGGGAGCAUCUACCUCUUCAGCGAGAGGGAGUUCCGAGGGAACGCCAGGGUGCGCCCGGGGCGGCUCGCCCAGGACGGCUGGUGGAAGGCCUCGGGCGGCGGCGAGCCCUUGAAGCGCCGCGGCCUCACCGUCGGCUCUAAGCUCACCUUGGUCUUCUACGACAAGAAGCCCGGCGACAAGCUCGGCGUCAAGACCAACUGGGCCAUCAAAGAGUACACCAAGAUCGUUGACAAGAAGGCGGAGGAGAUGGCCUUGUACCGCCUCUACAAGAUGAGCAGACCCAGCAAUGGGAAGCAAGCAGCUCAAGAAGAUGAAGACGCCCCUGCUUUCAAGGAGGAGACGCCGCCGCCAGCCGGGCAGCCACAUGACUACCACUACGGCGCCUUCGGUGCCGCGCCGGGGCCAAGCACAAGCUACUCGGUCACCGGGCCGGGGCCAAGCACAAGCUACUCGGUGACGCCGGACGGCAGCUACAUGGGGCCGCAGCACAACAUCGUCCAGUACACCAACCGGCAUGCGCCCUGGGAUGUGCUGCCGGCGAUGAUCCGGUCUCCUGUGCCAUCAGGGCCAGCAGCCGCUACGCAUUGCCUGCCGGCGUCUGCCGAGCACUUUGGCUACCAAGAAACUGCAGCAGACGCCAAGCACCCUGGCUACCAAGAAACCACAGACCCGCUGAAGGCGCAGCAGCUACUGCCGGCGUCUGCCGAGCAGUUUGACUACCAAGAAACUCCAGUAGACGCCGAGCACUUUGGCUGCCAAGAAACUCCAGUCGACGCCGAGCACUUUGGCUGCCAAGAAACUCCAGUCGACGCCGAGCACUUUGGCUGCCAAGAAACUCCAGUCGACGCCGAGCACUUUGGCUGCUAA